AAAGGUCACGUGUAUCUAGAUACUGGUCAUUGUGGCGGAAGGUUGCCUCGAGCAAGACUGCACGUCUGGAGCCUUGCGGAACGCUGCGAUGGUGAGGUCCGCCUCGAAACCCAUGCGGCUACUCUUUGGCAGGACACAUCCGAUUUCCAUGUUGUCGCUGCACCUGUGGUCUCUUCCUGAUUCAUGCUUGCACUGAUUCUCGUCGCCCAAACAUACUAGCGGCCACGAAACUGCGCAGGUUACCGUCGCUUUCGUGCUCAAUAUACGCCUUUCGCCCACAAUGGGAUCUCAACAACGCUCCGACUUGGACCGAUCUUUCAGCCCCGGGGAAAAUCUCGAAAAGACCUCGAUGGACCUGCCCUCGUCUGCUCCCGACAGCGAUUCCUCUUCCUUUCUCGGCGAGAGAGAGAUACGGGAGAUUCGUUCAAACCAUAUCACGCGCCGCCGUCGGUUGUGGUGGAUCUCCUUUGUCAUCGUACAUGCCAUUCUACUUUCUGUAUACAUCGGGAGCUUUCUGUCUCUGCGUGCACAAGUCAACAAGCUGCGAAAGUAUGGUCCGCAGCUUGUCAACUCCCCGGCCAACGAUGGCGUAGAGUGGGAACUGCAGACCUUUAUCAACAACGAUAAUGAACAUGGGCCGUUCUCCGGACCUCCAAGGGAGGAGGUGAAUCGAAAUUGGCACAGAAUAAUCAAUGACGAGAACAUUGUUUUGGAGCCAGAGUAUAUAAAAGCUCUCGGCCGUGAUCAGUUUGGUGUAGCUGUCCCUGACGGUUCGGGGUUCCUCGGCACCUUGAACGUAUACCACGAGCUUCACUGUAUUGUUCGCUAUCUGACGCACGCUUCACAUUUGCAGAAACGCCUCUAUCAAUACACCUAUCCAGACGUCUACCCACAGGGUGACACGCCUGCGGAACAAGCAAGCAAUCGCCAGCACAAAGAUCACUGUUUGGACUUCCUGCGCCAAUCGGCCAUGUGCCACGCCGAUGUCGGCGUCAUUACGUUCCAGUGGUCGCCAAAUAGCCUGGUACCAGUGGCCAACGCAACGCACCACCAGUGCGCCAACUGGGACAAGCUCGCGCAGUGGACCAAAGCGCGGACGGUUGACAUGAUGAAACCGGGCUGGCUGAUCCACCCCUCCAAAGGUGAGGUUGCGAUAUAUCCAAUGUCUCUGUCACUUCCACUUUUCACCCAUUCCGCUAAUAGUUGA